GCUACAUAUGUAGUUCAAGCAUGUCACGACCAAGUUCACUCCAUAUUUUUUUUUCUCCUCGUCCACUGCCUUGCUUGAAGUGGAUACCAAGAUGCUUGUUCAGUACCGUUUGUACCUCUUUACCCCUGCACACAACCCCCCAGUGCCCGCCAUCCCAUCACCCCCCCCCCCCAAGUGAGGAACAUUUCAGGUUUUUUUUUUUUUUUUUUUCCUCCCAUCACGCAUACACCCACUCAAAACAUACAGUCUUAAGCCAUCUCGCCGCCUUCCCUCCCCAGUCUAACCGAAGCCACUUCUUUGCUUCUCCUUGCCUUCUAUUCGUCAGUUUAACAUCGCCGUCGCGAUAUCGUCGUUGUUUUCCCACCGCCUUUCCUCGUUUACCCCCCUCGCCUACCUGGUACUCGUAUUUCUCGACCCCUACUACGAUAUCUUUAUCUUCCCUAAUUUUCCCUAAUCCUAUACCUUAGGUAGUCCCUUGUUUCACUCACUUCUCAACUCUUAUAGUUGGGGUACUGUUUACAAGUCAGCUACAAACACUACGUUCCCUCCAUGCAGCAGCAAUCGAUAUAGAAGUCAAUAACAUAUCUGCGCCAUUCUUGAUCCCAUCCUAUCUGCCCACCAUGCCGUACAAUACUCGUCGCAAAUCGCUAUCUCUGCCGUCUCUCGGAAUCCACAUCCCAGUAAAUCGAUCUUCGUCUAAUAACCACAGCAUGGCAUCCUCUAGAUCAUCUUCUGAGAGCUCGUCGCAUCCGAAUAAGAAGUUAAAACGAUCUCACAACGAUUCUGCACUCUCUUCAGCUGCACCUAGUUCAAAACGGAUUGCUAGUCCUAUCAAGUAUGACCGCACCCCGCCACCCUCGCCUGGUCUCCAAGUCUCUAUUGAGAUGGACGAGUCUGAGCUAUCCGAAUCACUAGAGAUCAAGAAAGUCGAUUUAGAGGGUAUAAAUGAUGAGAUCGUUGAAGCUGUCAUCGUACGAUUAGAGGAGACUCGCAAUCGACCUCACCUAGUCAAGGAGCUAGCUACCGCCCUCAUGGAUCAGGUCAAAAUCGUUCAGCAAUCCGCGAACCCUUGCGCUAUCAUUUCUUCUCGACUAUCUACAUAUUUAAAGCGAUCGUGUUGGUCCGCUGUAGCUCCUUGUCCUUUAGCUAAGGAGCUUGAGACCGUCCACCCGAGGCGCACGUACUUUUAUCUGACCACAUGUCCCCAUUUACCUCUUCCAGACCCCACAGCCCAACGUGCCAUUAUUACACCAUCGCUAUCAAGCUCGGCUUCCACAUCCGAAGAUGCCGAUUGCGACCGAAGAAGAGAACUCAGCCUGUCACCUGAAGUUGAUCUUUCGUCGCCCGAGUUCGAUGAUAUGGAUGAGGAUAUUCCCAUGCCAGGUACCCCAAUGGGUUCAGUGUCUGGGCGUCAUCGGCCGCUCAAUGUGCCGCGCAACCCCAGAGGGAAUGAGCCACCUCUAGAAAAAGAUGAAAAGGAAUUCACACAGACAGCAGAUGGAUUACAAAAACGAAAAGCUAGUGGUCACUUGCUCCGGGUCGACCCCGUCGACCAAGCGCCGAUAGAUGAUGGCAUGCAAAACGAACAGCUCUUUGGCGAGCCACCUAGGACUCUUGCGCCGAGCUUGUUACCGCACAUGGUGUUCAUGACCAGCCCUGCAAUGCGACCAAGCAUGAUGCUACCUGUGAAGAAAGAUACAGAGGCGGAAAACUGGACUAAACUGGACGCCAUUCUUGACUGGGAUAGAAGUCCCGAGACAGUCGAGCUGGAUGAGCUAGAUGGUUUAUUUGACAACUACUGAAUACCCUCGGUUGGCCAAUUUCUUGAUCUUAAUUCUUUCUUUUCUUACUAUUAACGACACGCUAUCCGUGUAGUUGGCACGUACUUAGCUAUGUAUGAUGAGAUGGGAGACGGCCGCGUAAAUGAUUCAAAAAGGAGUUUGGCUGGGACGACGUUGGCGCAGCUGGGUUUCUCGCAUUCUGCAUUUAUUCCUCUCAGUUCAUUUUGCCAUUUAUUCCCCUGUUAAAUGGUUCAGCUUCUACUGCUCACAUACUUGGUUACUGGCUGGAGGGGGGGAAAUGUACGAAUAUUAUUUGAAGAGAGCGCGCUUAGAUGGCUGCUGGGUCGCAUGAUAGCGACCUAGAGUAUCCAGCGGACUGAAACGGCUGUCGGCGGUUAACAAAAAGGCGUGCAGGGGGAGGGUAACAUAGCGAUGUCCUUUGCCA